AUGGCGCGGCUGCCGAACCUGGUGCUGCCGUGGGUGCCGAGUCCGAACGAGCGAGGGUCGUCGAGCGACCUGCCCACUCCCGAGAUUCGAGACGACGUGCUGCGAGCCAGGGUGAAGGAAGGUGCGCGUGGGAAUGGGCGUGUAAGAAAUGCGUAUCCGAUCCGCGCCAACACUGGAUUGCGAAUCACAUCGUUGCGUCCCACCAACCUGCUUCGUCCUGCCGCUAAGAUCGCCCCGGAUCGCUCUUUGUUGACUCAUUGCUGCCCUCGCGGCCGCCUCCACGCGCGUGGAAGCGGCGCGUGGCCGCUGCCUUGUCGCCACGGCCCACCUCCUCUCCGUCAUCCCACCUCUCACUUCUCCCGCUCCCCCUCUCUACCUUCUUAUCCACCGCUGUGCUCCCUCUCCCUGCCUUCCCCCACCCCCGCUGCGUUCCCCCUCUCUGCCUCUCCGCACCGCUCUGCGCCUCCCUGCAUGCCUUGCCCCUCGCGGCGUGCGCGAGCAGCGCAGCAGACGGCGGUGAGUGCGCGCGUGGGGUGGGCGGUGCUGCACGUGGUGGUGCCGGCGGCGCUGCUGCUGCUCAACACGUCGCUCGCGCAGGCCCUUGUGCAGCAGCCCGUGGGGGCGGAAGCGGUGUGCUACGGGGUGCUCUUCCUCGCCACGCUGCUGCAGUACCUCUACACCUCGGGCUCCUCGCCUGGGUACGUGCAGGAUGUGGCUGGCAGCCUGCAGGCAGCCGUGGCAGCAGCCAAUGCACGCCAUGUCGCCACACACGCCGUGCCACCGCCUUCACCAGCGUCCCCCGCUCCUACUUCCUCCCCAUCCUGCGUGGUGGUGCCCCUGCCCCCUCCCAGGGGGAAAGGGGGUGGCGAGGGGGGCAGGGGGGAGUCUGGUCUGCACUCUCAACCCCUUCCGCUUGCUCCCAGUGCUGAGCGCGCCCAUGGCCCCUGGGCCCUGCUCGCCCCCUGCCUGCCCGGCUGCCGGUGGUGCGGGCACGUGGGGUGCAGGUGGUGCGGGGACAGGGGGUGCCGCUGGUGUGGUGAUGGGGCGGAUGCACCGUGCGAUGACGUAGAGAGAGGGGCGGAGGCUGCAGAGGGAGAGUGGGAGGGACGUAGCUGCUGUGGGGCACGGGCGUGGGGUGCUGCGAGGGUGGGAAAUAAGGGUGAUGGGGGAGAAGAGGGGGAGGGAGGGGGUGUUGAAGGGAGGGAAGGAGGGGCAAGAUUGUUGCUGCUGCCCCUGCCAGCACAGCCAUCUCGACUCACAGCAGCGCAGUCAAAUUUCCUCGUCUCCCAAUUCAGGUCUCCCCACCACUCCCUCCCUCUCGCGCACACCACGUCAUCUCUCUCUUGCCUCCUGCGCUGCAUCUCUUGCAACCCCCCAUCUCUCUGCAAUAGCUUCCGACACUCUCUCCUGCCCAUGGUAGUGCCUACCUCAAGUUCCUCCCUCCACUCCCCCCCCCACCUUCUCAAUCCCAGCAGUGCGCGGCGGUGGUGCCCGUACUGCCGAGUGCAGCAACCAGUGCGCGCCAAGCACUGCUACGACUGCGGCCGCUGUGUGCUGCGCUUCGAUCACCACUGCUUCUGGGUCUCCACAUGCAUCGGCCUGCGCAACCAUGCGCGCUUCUGGGUGUACCUGGUGUUGGAGUGCUGCCUCACGUGCUGGUCGCUGCUCAUCUGCCUCUCCGCCUUCACCGCCCCCAUCUCACCCAACCACUGGUCCGUCCCUCCUGCCCCAUCCCUGCCUCACCUCCCCUCACGCCCACCUCACCCCGUCCACGGCAUGCCAACCACCUCUCUCUCACCCCCUUCUUCCGUGUGCCCUCCCCCAUCGCCAUCCAUGCACCACCUUCCAUGUCCCCCUCCACUGUCCACCCCCUCCCCACCGGGCACCAGGCUGGAGCACCAGCUGUCAGCGCUGGCGUUCACGGCGCUGCUGCUGCCGCUCGCCGUGUUCCUCGCCAUCCUCGUGUGCUUCCACACGCACCUUAUUCUCACGGCACAGACAACAUAUGAAGCCACCAGGAAGCAUCGCAUCUCCUAUCUGCGGUCGGUACCCGGGGACGUCCAUCCGUUCAGCCAGGGCGCCUGCCGCAAUGUGCUGCACCUGUGCUGCCUCAGUCGCCAUGUGCUGCCGAUUUAUGCCGUCCCAUCGCCAGCCGUGCUGCACGCCAUGGCCUCUGGGGCAUACACCACUCGCUCACGGACGUGGGGGCCGUGUUGCUCCUGA